GGAACCGCAGUCCAAGCCGAUCGGAUCCCCGAGAGCACUGGGCCCCCGGCGGCCUAUUUGGAACGACGGCGAUGGCCCGCGGCGCAUCGUUUGCUUCCGGCGCAGCCGCCGUCCUCGCGGAGCGGGCCCUGCGCUACGUUGCCGUCGGCCUUCCGCUGCUGCUGCUCGUCUUUAGGCCCGCGUGGCGGCCAGAGGCGGCCUCGCGGACCUUCCCGCUCGUUUUCUUCCUGACGCUGUCCAUCCGGGUCGACUCGCCCAUGCUGGGCGGCCGCCUGGACCAGGCCCUGGCUGUCGUGUUCCCGGCGUUGACGCUCACUCCGAUCUUCGUAACGCUUACCGCGCUCUUGGCGGCCUUUGGCGGCCCUUGGGCGAGCUGGGUUGGCGUGUGCAUGCUGAACUACACUCUCGUGUGCAUGCCGAUGCACGCCUAUGGUUCAUCGGUAUUGAAGGGGGUCGCCCUCUGGACGAACAUCUUGUCAGCCGAUUGGAGCUUCGGAGGCGCCUUGGACGCCGGCUUGGAGGCCCAACGCGCCAGUGUUCGGCCGCUGGCGGUGCUGCGCACGAUCUGGCUGCCCUGGUUGGAGGAUGGUGCCGUGCCAGUGGGCGUGCCUGCCAGUUGGUGGUCCGAACACGGCACGCCUGGGAACAGCUUGUUCAUCCGAUGGGCGGAGCUCAUGUUCGCUGCCCUCUUAUUCUGCAUCGCGCUGGCAAUACCGCCCGCCCGAACCGGGCGGAAGCAGCUGUAUGCUUCCCUGCGGCUGCAGCUGGAGAGAGCCGCGGGUUUCAGGCAGGAGGCAAACGAACACCUCGAGAGUGCUCGGAAGAAGUGGCUCUGGGAGGGCGCUGUUCCCUUCCCGCUGCCUGGCAGUGCUCCGCGCGGCUUGCUGCUGCUCGGACGCGGCGCCGACGCUGGUGCCGCCUGCCUGGAGUCCCUCCCAGACUCGGCCGCCGCCGCUGUGCCAUCCUCGGGAAGCCCGUGCCGACGCAGCAGCGGCGACAGCGACGACGAGAGCGAUGACAUCGCUUCCACCCCCCCCGCGGCCCCGCUGGCGUCCGAGCCGGCGCGUGCGGACGUCGAGGCCGAGGUGAGGGCGUCCAGUCUCGCCGACCAGUGUGCGGUGGCGCUCGCGGCUGCCGCGGUCGAGCCUCGGGCGCUGCCUGGCGGCGCAGCGGCGCGUGCCGCGUGGGCACAGCUGCAGGUCGCACUCGCCGGGCUCGUGGCAGAGGCGCGCGGCGCCCGCCGAGACUCGGCGGCCAUCGCCGAGGGCCGCGGGGCCGAGGAGCUGCCGCACCUGAGCGUGAUCCAGACCUGGUCCGCAGAGGCCGCGGAGGCCGCCGAGUCGCUUCACACCUCGGUCGCAGCGAUUCUCGCGAAGCUCGAGCGCCGCGCGCCGCCAGAAGAGCUCAAGAGGGCCGCCGAUGCCGUGCGAUUCGAGGCGGCGCAGGUGCUCGACCUCGGCUUGGCGACAGCGGUCAGCGCCGCAGAGCUCAAUUGCCUGAUUAGCUUCGCGAAUUUUACGGCCCGCGAGACGGCGUUCACGGCCGCUCACAUUGGAGGGGUCUUCGCCAGGGACGCCUCAUUCCUUCGCAUGGUUCAGGCCUUCGUCAUAGUGCCAGCGCGUGCCGCGCAAGCCGCAGCUGCGGUGGCCGAGGCGCAGGCGGCUGCGGAGACCUGGCCACGCUGUUGCUUCGUCGGGGUGGCCGUGUGGGGAGUGCUGGAGCCACCAGCCGCGCACACGGGGAAGCUGGCGUCUGAGUUCUGGAAGGGCAUGCGGGCAGGCUGUCGUGGCUUGAUUAGCGCUUGCUCUUCGAAGGCUUUGAGUCCCAUCCACUGGUCACAGCAGCGCCGACAUGCACUCAAGUGGCUGGUCGGCUGCAACCUGCUGUGGCUCCCCUUGCUGAUUUCGGCACCCUGUCGGCACUUCCUCUCGGAAGGCAACAGCGAGUUUGCGGCUCUGGCUUUACUGUCGUACGCCACCGUGUUCGUGGGUACGACCGACGGGGCCCUGAGGAAGACCGCCCUUCGUCUGUUUGGGGCCUCGGCAGCUUGCCUCCUUUCCUACCUGGGCUAUGUCUUGUUGUCUUGGCCAGGAAUCCUCGGUCGGGUCUGGCAGCCUGUCGUUUUCUCGCUCUACCUGGUCAUGCUUACUCUGCUGGCCAUUCUGAUCGGGAUGCGAAGCACGCCGUACAGUGGAGGUUGGCAUACGUGGGCGUACAUGUGCCAAAAGUUCACGUACACUUUCGCUAGCGCCUUCCUGGGUGCCUACAGCGCGGAGCACGACCGCGCGGAAUCGAUCGCCAAGGCCGGCCACAGUGCCGUCGCGAUCGCACUGGGCGUGUGGGCUGGUGCUCUGUGGGGGUGCUUCGUGCACCUGGCCAUUUGGCGCACCUCCUCGCACGGCCUUGCCAUGGAUUCCCUGAGGGCCGCCGCCGCCUCGGCAGCCGCCGCUCUGGCGUGUGCAGCCCGCGCCCUCGGCAGCGAUGUCUCUGGUGGCGACGGCGUGGGCGCCGACUCACUCGCCUCUGACAGCAGUGGGGACGCCGCCGCUCACGCAGCGGCAUCGGCGGCUGCAGCGAAGGCGCACGUCAGUAGUGCGAGCGCAUACCACAAGGUCGCCGUGGAGUUCGGCGGCAAGUUCUUGGGGCCCAGGGGAUCCCACGGCGACUACGCCCACCGCGUCCAUCAGCUCUGUCGGGCUCGGCGGCUGGCCGCCGCUGCUGCAGAUGCCGCGGCCUGGCUGCGGGGAGGCACCUCCUCCGCAGAAGCUGGGCUGCAGAGGCUGUUCGCUGCUGAGGUCGACCCUGCGCGAGCGUUCUCGGCGGGCGCAGGCGCGACCGCCGCGGCGCGCGCGUCCUCGGAGGGCUCCGCGCGCGAGCGCGAGCGGGAGGCUGAGCCGGCGGCGGCGUACACCUGCGCGCUUCCGGUGCCUCUCCUGCAGCACGCCUUCUUCGCAGGCCCCCCGAGCCCGGGAGACACGGAGGUGUCACAGGCGGAGGCCGUGGGCGAGUCUCUGAGGGCCACGAGCGCGGUGCUGCAAGAGGCCAGUGCUCGACGCGCCGACGGCGGAGGAGGCGCCUCGGCCAAGCUCGGGGCCGCUCUCGCGGAGCUGCGGCGCUGUUACGCCGAGUUGCGAUAUCUCCGCGUGUCGCGCGCGGUCGACGCGCGCGCGGGGACCGUGCGGUAUCCCGUGGGCGUGGCGCUGCGCUUUCACGCGCUGUGCCAGCUUCUCUGCGAUGUCCAGUGGGAGCUGCAGCACUUCUGGGGCCCAGAGGCCAGGCUUGGCAGGGGCAAGGACGAGCCGGGUUUCUCCUCCUCCUCCUCCACCUCCUCUUCUGACAGUGAGACUGGCUCAUCUUCGGACUCGCCCAAGUGCAACCUUGUCUGAUCAGCUGUGCGGGGAAGUUUACGAGGAGGCCUGCCGUGCACCUUGUCGCCUCGGCGCUCGAGGCAUUGCUGGCUGGCGUGUCGUGUCUCUGCCGCGCUACGGAGAAGGAGAUCUCCACCGAGUGGCCGCCUGUUGGUGCCGCUCGAAGCUCUCAUGCCCCCCUCCCUGCACACAGCCGAGGUUGUGAAUUGCAUUCGGGCCGUGGUACAGAAAUUAGUUUGAGGAGCCCGUGAUACUUUGUAGAAGCUGUGUAGGGUGAGCGUGAGUGUGAGUUUGUGUGUGUAGCGUAUUUCGCACUCUGGCGGAUCUUUGCAAGCUGGAGCCACAAGGCGUAGCGUACGCCACAUAUUCCCGUCUCUGUCUCGCCAACAUCGGCGGACCCCGCGGAGCGGCGAGCCAAGCUUAGCCGAUGAAUUGCGGGAGGAAGAGAGGACCCCUUUGCGCACACAGUGGUUCCCGCCAUUGACGUGGCUCGUGGGGAGAGUUUGGCACUGUGGCAGCGCUUCAUGGGGCAUCUUAAGCAUCUCGAGAUGGGUGCGCUGGGGUGCUCUUGGAGGUUGCUCGCACAGGCGACGCGGUCUUCGCUGUGUACGCUAUCCGCGCGUUCGCCGGUGACAGGUCACGGCGGCGACGACAACGGCGACGACUGCAGCGGCGGCGGCAGUGGAGCCGAGGCAGCUUUUUCAGGAGUUGCCGCUCGAUGUCGGCAGCGUCGCCAUCGCUUGUCGAACGUAGUCAUUUUUGCGUGGUAGGCUGAAGGUGUUGGAACCAAGUCGGCUGGCACGCUUCUCGGUGCGUCUGGGACAUUGAAGGUGUGCACAAAGCGCACGAAGUUAUUCACGCGUAGUCAACACUUAUGCGGUGUCUCCUGGAUUAGAAGGGCCCUCAGUCGCAUUUUUUUUUGGGAGCCUCUUCACGCCUUUCGAGCGGCGUCAGUGUGUGUGUGUGUGUCGAUGUGCUUUAAAGUUGAUGAUGCCAUGUCCUGGGAUGCGCGUUCAUGCCGAGUCUUCUGAGACGGUCGGUCUCGAGUGCUCGGGACAAGGGUCGACUCGGGCACAUGCGGCUCGGCAGGCAUCACGCUCCGGUCCAAAGCGGCUCGGUGCGUGUCUGCUCAAAUUUGCCCAGUCUCGAUUAUCGGACCGAGCACGGAAAAUGUUCGGUGUCACGGCAUGCGGGGGGACGCUGCAUUGCCCUGGUACACCACGCACAGAUUCUGGGGCUUCGCCCCCCUGACCUCUCGCUGGAAGUGCGGGGUGUACGGUGGCUUUGGUAGAACAUAUGCACGGACUCCCCUCUCAGGGCGUUCCAUAAACGGCUUCGUCUUCGAGGGAUCGAGAAAUUGCCAUAUUGGGUUUCCACACUCCCUCGUGGCCGCCUUCCUGUCAACGAUCUGACUCUUAAGAGCGACGCUGCAUAUGCGAACAUGUGACUGCUCCGACGUUCUGGCGAAUCGUUCAAGGGCACGGCGGAUCCUUCAGUGCUCGCUUUUAUAUUGAGCGGUCCGAUGUAUAGUCGCCUCAUGUGUACAAAGGGUUGGGUACGUCCCUGGGUCAUUUUUCUGCCGCUUCUUAUUCUUGUCCUCAAACGUCCUGCUCUUCCCACCGAUGCUUCCUCUUCUGGACCUGGCGUCUUCAUCCGACCUGUCCUAAUCCAGCAAUUGUUGUCUCCCCCUGUCGAGCUUCC